AUGAGGCUCCUUCACCUACCACUGCCAUCGCUGCUCUGUGUCAGCCUAACAAAGGCCUACCUGGUCGCCCCGCCAGGGACACCCGCCCCAGGAGCAACUCAGCGGUGCAGCGGCUGGGUCCAGUCGUCGUACGCGCUGUCUUGCGACAUCAUCGUGAGAGUGAUUGGCAUGACUCUGCCGCAAUUUCAGGAGUGGAACCCAGCCACCAGCAUGAUGGGCCCCGGGUGCAACAUGAUCAACGGGCUCGACUACUGCAUCGAGGUUGACUUCAUUCAGUACACCGCCACCAUGACCACGGCGCAAUCCACGACCAGCUCGCCCGGCACGACCACAAAGGCCAGCACCACCAGCACCACCACACCCGGCAACGGCAUUGCCACGCCCACGCAUGGUAGCAAAUUGCAGCCGCUUCUACUUUGUAAAGGACGGCGAUAUCUGCGUUAA